CCGAAGCCGCCGCCACCACCGCGCCUCCGCCUCGGCCGCCGCCGCAGCUGCUUCUGGUCUCUGUCUCUUCGCCGCCCUUGUCAGGCCCAGCCCUCCUGCGCCGCCGCCUCCCGCCGCGCCCCGCCAUGCCGCUCUACUCCGUUACUGUAAAAUGGGGAAAGGAGAAAUUUGAAGGUGUAGAAUUGAAUACUGAUGAACCUCCAAUGGUGUUCAAGGCUCAGCUGUUUGCGUUGACUGGAGUCCAGCCUGCCAGACAGAAAGUUAUGGUGAAAGGAGGAACUCUAAAGGAUGAUGAUUGGGGAAACAUCAAAAUAAAAAAUGGAAUGACUCUACUAAUGAUGGGGUCAGCAGAUGCUCUUCCAGAAGAACCCUCAGCCAAAACUGUCUUCGUAGAAGACAUGACAGAAGAACAGUUAGCAUCUGCUAUGGAGUUACCAUGUGGAUUGACAAACCUUGGUAACACUUGUUACAUGAAUGCCACAGUUCAGUGUAUUCGUUCUGUGCCUGAACUCAAAGAUGCCCUUAAAAGGUAUGCAGGUGCCUUAAGAGCUUCAGGGGAAAUGGCUUCAGCGCAGUAUAUUACUGCAGCCCUUAGAGAUUUGUUUGAUUCCAUGGAUAAAACUUCUUCCAGUAUUCCACCUAUUAUUCUACUGCAGUUUUUGCACAUGGCUUUCCCACAGUUUGCCGAGAAGGGUGAACAAGGACAGUAUCUUCAACAGGAUGCUAAUGAAUGUUGGAUACAAAUGAUGCGAGUAUUGCAACAGAAAUUGGAAGCCAUAGAGGAUGAUUCUGUUAAAGAAACAGACUCUUCAUCUGCAUCGGCAGCGACACCUUCUAAAAAGAAAAGUUUAAUUGAUCAGUUCUUCGGUGUUGAGUUUGAAACUACCAUGAAAUGUACAGAAUCUGAAGAAGAAGAAGUCACCAAAGGAAAGGAAAAUCAACUUCAGCUUAGCUGUUUUAUCAAUCAGGAAGUCAAGUAUCUUUUUACAGGACUUAAAUUGCGACUUCAGGAAGAAAUCACCAAACAGUCUCCAACAUUGCAAAGAAAUGCCUUGUAUAUCAAAUCUUCCAAGAUCAGCCGGCUACCUGCUUACUUGACCAUUCAGAUGGUUCGAUUUUUUUAUAAAGAGAAGGAAUCUGUGAAUGCCAAAGUUCUUAAGGAUGUUAAAUUUCCUCUUAUGUUGGAUAUGUAUGAACUGUGUACACCAGAACUUCAGGAGAAAAUGGUGUCUUUUCGAUCCAAAUUCAAGGAUCUAGAAGAUAAAAAAGUGAAUCAGCAGCCAAAUACAAGUGACAAAAAGAGUAGUCCCCAGAAAGAAGUUAAGUAUGAACCCUUUUCUUUUGCUGAUGAUAUUGGCUCCAAUAAUUGUGGAUACUAUGACUUACAAGCAGUACUAACACACCAGGGAAGGUCUAGUUCUUCAGGUCAUUAUGUAUCAUGGGUGAAAAGGAAACAAGAUGAAUGGAUUAAGUUUGAUGAUGACAAAGUCAGCAUCGUAACACCAGAAGAUAUCUUACGGCUUUCUGGUGGUGGAGACUGGCAUAUUGCUUACGUUCUACUCUAUGGGCCUCGCAGAGUUGAAAUAAUGGAAGAGGAAAGUGAAUAGUAGUCUUCAUUUUAGCUAUUUAUGCUUAGGUGUGAAAAUAAAUGUUAUUUGCUGAUCAUUUCUAUAAUCCAGAGCUUUAGAGGAAGACACAUAGGUGGUUUUAUCUGUUUCCCCUCGUUUGAAACAAGAGGACAGAAGCAGACCACUCUGUGCAUCAACCUAAAAAAUUACAGAAAAGAGAAAAUUAUCUUUGGAUUGUGCUGCCCUGUAUAAGGGUGGCAGAAAGACAUUUUUUAAAAGCUUAUUAUUUCUUGCAUUAUUUUUAAAAAUUCUGAGUUGAAAUGCCUUUCAACCAUUUCUUUCUGUGGUCAUUUUUCUUGCUGCCUUUUUCACCCAAGAUUCAGCAAUCAGAUGUUUAUUGCACACCUAUUACCUAUUAUUUGUUGUUCUUGCAUGGUUCAAACCACCAUUCUAUAGCCACCCAUCCUUUGCCUUAUCUAACAAACAUUUUUCCAGGAAGGUGGAAAAGGAAGUUUUGCUCUCAUUGUGUAACUCAGUGCUGCUGUCCAUCCCAUGGAAACAUGGGCACAAUCAAGUAUUUGUCCAGCCUGUUGCAGGCUUUUCAUGACUUUAAAAUAAAUUGUGAUCAGUAAUAGUACAUUUGAUUAUACAUUUAUUAUUGUGUCUCUCUCUGAUGUACUGUGGAUUGUACAUUUAACUUUGGAAUGGCUUUGUAAUAAUCAAUCUUAAGAAAAUGUUGACAAGCUCUGGUUGCUUACUUUUAGAAAAUGAGGACAUUUAAUAAUAAUAAAAAAAGGGGGAUUAAUAGCUUUUGACCUCAAGUCUUUUGUCUUCUGAGUGUUGGAGCUUGGCUGAAGAUUCAGAUAUGUUUAAUGCUGUACAGUUUCUGAAGAUGGUUAUUAACACUGUGCUGUCAAGCAUCCAUUUGAAAAUAUUUGUUAUCUUCUUUGCCUGCCUGUAUUUUACAAAGAAAUAAUACAAAGUUGUAAAAGUAAUGGAUUUCUUUGGAUGCCAAAUGCAGUGAUGUUAUCAGUCAGAUUUGUUCCUUGGCUCAGUUGGUGUUUGUAUUUCCUAAUUCCCCAAACUUUGGCUGGGCGUGGUGGCUCACACCUAUAAUC